UCAGCCGUUACGAGUUUUCUUAAACUCCGGGAUGGUUUUAUCGGCCCACAAAGUCCACACAUGGGCACCAAACAGCUUGCCUGGAAUUAGAUACUGGCGGUACAAACGGAAUUUUUACAAACUCUGAGGCUUUGUAACCAUCAUGUUGAAAUCUAAAACCUUCGUCAAGAAGACCCGGUCGGGUGGAGUAAUGAAAAUAGUCCGCGAGCAUUAUCUGAGGGACGAUAUUUGGUGUGGAAGCGAAGCGUGUACUAUAUGCAAACAGGAGUCCACGGUGCUGGAGAAAGACGCGUGUAGUGACAGCACUAUCUGCCCUUAUCCACAUUAUCUAAUUCCAGACACCAAUGUUGUGUUGCAUCAGAUUGACGUUUUGGAAGAUCCUGUGAUUCGUAAUGUGAUUAUCCUUCAGACUGUGCUGCAGGAGGUUCGUCACCGCAGUGCACCAAUCUAUAAACGCCUGAAGGACAUCAUACACGAGAAGGAGAAACACUUCUAUACUUUUACUAACGAACACCACAGAGACACAUUCAUUGAGCGUGAACCUGGGGAGAGUGCCAAUGACCGUAAUGACCGUGCAAUCCGCACAUCAGCUGACUGGUACGGCCAGCAUCUGAAGACGGCUGGCCCAGAUGGGCUCAAGGUGGUCCUCCUCACUAAUGACCAAGGGAACAAACAGAAAGCAGAGGAGAGCGGUCUGCUGGUACACAGAUUUGAAGAGUAUAUUAAGAGUCUGAUAGCACACCCUGAACUUGUGGAUCGUCUGGCUUUGUCCAACGAUGACAAGAAUGAGAUUACCAGCAGUAAGGUGUUAUUCCCAGAGCACCUCCCUCUGUCCAGAAUCCAAGCAGGAAUUAAGGCUGGCUCAUUCCUCCAGGGCACCUUCAGGGCCAGCAGGGACAACUAUCUGGAGGCAACAGUCUUCAUCCAGGGCGAGAGCGAAGAUGGCACAGAGGUUCUCAUCCAGGGUCUUCAGAACCUCAACAGAGCAGUGCAUCAAGAUGUAGUUGCUCUGCAGCUUUUGCCACGUAAUCAGUGGGUGGCACCUUCCUCUGUGGUGCUGCAGGAUGAAGGUGCAGCAAAGGAUGAUAAUGGUGAUGAAGAGGACGAAGGAAAAGUGUUGAUAUCAACAGCUGAGACAGCCAGAAAACCCACGGGUAAAGUCGUGGGAAUCAUAAAAAGGAAUUGGAGGCCGUUCUGUGGAAUGCUCAAUGUCUCGCAGAUUAAAGAGUCCACCCGCCACCUCUUUACCCCAGCAGACCGUCGUAUCCCACGCAUUCGCAUUGAAACACGUCAGGCAUCCACACUGGCUGGCCAGAGGAUCAUGGUGGCUAUUGAUGGUUGGCCCAAAGACUCCAGAUAUCCAAAUGGUCACUUUGUGCGUAGUCUGGGUAAUGCAGGGGAGAAGGACACAGAGCAGGAGGUGCUGCUACUGGAACAUGAUGUCCCGCACCAGGCCUUCUCUCAGGCUGUGCUCAGUUACCUUCCCAAGAUGCCUUGGGCCAUCACACCAGAGGACAUGGAGAAGAGAGAGGACCUUAGGAAUUUGACAGUGUGCAGUGUGGAUCCUCCAGGAUGCACAGACAUAGAUGAUGCCUUGCACUGCAGAGAGCUGGAAAAUGGAAAUCUUGAGGUGGGGGUCCACAUUGCUGAUGUCAGUCACUUCAUCAGACCCGGCAAUGCUCUGGACAGAGAGGCUGCCAACCGUGGCACCACUGUCUACUUGUGUGGCAAGAGGAUUGAUAUGGUUCCUGAGUUGCUUAGUUCCAAUCUCUGUUCUCUACAAUCUACAGUGGACAGGUUGGCUUUCUCGUGUAUCUGGGAGAUGACCCAUGAGGCUGAAAUUCUCAAGACGCGUUUCACAAAAAGUGUCAUAAACUCCAAGGCGUCUCUGACCUAUGCUGAGGCCCAGAUGAGAAUUGAUGACACCACCAAGAAUGACAGUAUAACCAAGAACCUGCGGGGUCUGAACAAACUAGCUAAAAUCCUCAAAAGGAGGAGGAUAGAGAAGGGGGCGCUGACGCUGUCGUCCUUAGAAGUCCGCUUUCACAUGGACAGUGAAACUCACGACCCAAUUGACCUCCAGACUAAAGAACUCCAGGAGACAAAUUCAAUGGUAGAGGAGUUCAUGCUGCUGGCCAAUAUUUCAGUUGCCCAGAAGAUUUAUGAUGAAUUUUCAGAGUGUGCUCUGCUGAGGAAACAUCCAGCACCACCUCCAUCAAACUAUGACAUCCUGAUGAAGGCAGCAAAGUCCAAGCAUGUGGACAUUCACACAGAUUCAGCCAAAGCAUUAGCUGACUCCCUCGAUGUGGCUAGAGUGGAUGGCUUCCCAUACUUUAACACGCUGCUGCGCAUCUUGGCCACGCGCUGCAUGAUGCAGGCUGUGUAUUUUUGUUCUGGCAUGGACAGCGAUUUCCACCACUACGGCCUCGCUUCGCCAAUCUAUACACACUUCACAUCACCUAUUAGAAGGUACGCAGAUAUUAUAGUACACCGUCUGUUGGCAGUGGCCAUAGGAGCAGACAGCACCUACCCAGAUUUGAUGGACAAGCAAAAACAGUCAGCCCUUUGCAACAACCUUAACUAUAGACAUAAAAUGGCUCAAUAUGCACAGAGGUCGUCUGUGGCCUUCCACACACAGUUGUUCUUUAAAAACAGAGGCAUACUGAACGAAGAGGGAUUUGUUCUGUUCGUGAGGAAGAAUGCAAUUAUUGUACUCAUCCCGAAGUUUGGCCUGGAGGGGACAGUCUUCUUUGAUUCUAAAGACAAAACAGGCCCAAAGCUUGUUUUUGACGAAGAAGGCCCCACUCUGAUGGUGGAGCAGCACACCUUCCACAUAUUUGACAAGGUGAAGGUCACCAUCAGUCUAGACGACACCAAUAUUCAGCACCAGAAGAUCCGCAUGUCCCUGAUUCAUCCUGUGAUCCCUGGUGUGAGUGUUUCAGCCUCAGACAUUGAGCCCCAGACAAAGAAACCAAGACUGGACCACUGAAGCAGUGAUUCAACACGCCCACCAGCUGAUCUUCCACAUGAUUGCUAGUCUGUCAAAGAACCAGUAUGGACUUUAAGAAGCGUUUACACGAUUUGUCCAUUUCAAUACAUCUGCCACACUGAACUAUAGUUCUCUAAUGUCCAACAAGCACCACACUGAUUUGUAUCUUUUUAAAAUUAUGAUUUCACAUUCUGAUCAGCAAAUCAACAAGGACAGGUGGAAGUCACGAAUGUGUAAAAUGACAGCAGACUUGGAGACUAGUAUUAAAGGGUUUUUUUAUCCAUUUA